UCUGUUUUAGCGUUAAUGUCACGCUAAUCUCUAUUUUACAAUAUUUUUUCGUCUGUUUCUUGAAUGUAAUUGGUAGGUUUUUGGGAAAUACCAAGUGAUUUAGUAGUGAUCGAUGGCAAACUUUACGUUUCCAUGGAGUAAUCAUUAGUGGAACAAGUUUUCUAUAGCUAACUGUGACUCACCAAAGUUUUGUGUACAAUUUCCACUAUGGAUACAGACGACGGUGAAUCUUCGAGCAGUGGGCCUAUGUCGAGCCUAAAUAGCUUGUUUUCAUUUACUAGCCCUGCUGUGAAGAAAUUGCUUGGUUGGAAGCAAGGUGACGAAGAAGAAAAAUGGGCAGAAAAAGCUGUUGACAGUUUAGUGAAGAAACUAAAAAAGCGGAAAGGUGCUAUAGAAGAGUUAGAAAGGGCACUCUCGUGUCCCGGUACACCAUCCAAAUGUGUUACAAUACCUCGAUCCCUUGAUGGUCGGUUGCAGGUGUCCCAUCGUAAAGGUCUACCCCACGUGAUCUACUGUCGGGUGUGGCGGUGGCCGGACCUCCAGAGCCAUCACGAGUUGAAACCCCUGGAGAUAUGCCAGUUCCCGUUCAGCGCCAAGCAGAAGGAGGUAUGCAUAAACCCUUACCACUACAAGCGGGUGGAGAGCCCCGUGCUGCCGCCGGUGCUGGUGCCGCGCCACUCGGAGUUCGCGCCCGGCCACUCGCUGCUGCCCUUCCAGAGGACCACGGAGCCGGCGAUGCCUCACAACGUGUCCUACUCGGGGUCCGGCUUCCCGCCGUCCGCCACGUCCGAGCUGCCCGACACCCCCCCGCCGGCCUACUCCCCGCCCUCCGACGACACCGAGCCGCCCGGCGAGGUCGCCCCCGUCUCCUACCAGGAGCCCCUCUACUGGGCCUCCGUCGCCUAUUACGAGCUCAACUGCCGCGUCGGCGAGGUGUUCCACUGCAACUCGCACUCCGUCGUCGUGGACGGCUUCACGGAUCCCUCCAACAACAGCGACCGGUUCUGCCUCGGCCAGCUCAGCAACGUCAACCGGAACUCGACCAUCGAGAACACCAGGCGCCACAUAGGCAAGGGCGUCCACCUGUACUACGUGGGCGGCGAGGUGUACGCGGAGUGCCUGUCUGAUGCCGCCAUCUUCGUCCAGAGCCGCAACUGCAACCACCACCACGGGUUCCACCCGUCCACCGUAUGCAAGAUCCCGCCGGGCUGCUCGCUGAAGAUAUUUAACAACCGGGAGUUCGCCCAGCUCCUGUCGCAGAGUGUCAACCACGGCUUCGAGGCGGUGUACGAGCUGACCAAGAUGUGCACGAUCCGCAUGUCGUUCGUGAAGGGCUGGGGCGCCGAGUACCACCGCCAGGACGUCACCUCCACCCCCUGCUGGAUCGAGAUCCACCUGCACGGCCCGCUGCAGUGGCUGGACAAGGUGCUCACCCAGAUGGGCUCCCCGCACAACGCCAUAUCCUCCGUGUCCUAAUGGUACACUCAACCCCCACCGUAUUAUAAGUCACGAGUGUAUACUCCCUCGAUACAACCGCAUUUUACUAUAAUUUCUGCGUUAUCCGAUAGUAUAGUUGUCCAGUGAUGUUAUAAAAACUUAUGCAUUGAUGAUGGUGCCAUUUUUUGUAUUUAGUUAUGUUUUAAGCGUAUUGAGUAUUUCGUGCAGGUAGGCGUGGAUCGAUAGACGAGACGAAUGUUUGAAUUUCAAAAUCUGUUUCUUUUUGAGUGGAGCUGAGUUAUUUUUGCGAUAAGCUCGAGUGAGACCAUGAUCAAAGUAUGUGUAAAAUAAAGACAUGAUCGUGUAGUGUUUAGAAUUGUCAGUCUAAACUGCAGCAAAAACUAUAAAAAGAUAUUAUGUAAUAUCAGUUUAGAUAUUAGAAGGUUUAAGAAAACGAAUACUAGAAUACAGAAUAAGAAAAUGUUAUAUUAUUGUCGUUUCUAAUUAUUUAGCCAUUAUAAGUUUCUAUGUUAUAUUAAAUACGAAUUUUAUGGUAAAAUACAAUACAUUUAAGUUAACGAUCAUGGCAAAUUACAGUAGGCGCAUGUAAUUUUUGUUACGAAAAUUAUUUUAUUUCAUUGACAUUUUGACAAAGCGAGUAAACUUAUAAUAAUUGAAACUUAUUAAAAUAACAUUUUUACUGUAUCGGGACAUUACACAGGCAAAAUUUGUAGCUCAAUUGAUCUCAAAAUAUAAUAAGUUUGUUUUAGUUCCUUUCGAUAUGAGAACUGUGCAAUGUCCCAUGCCUUACGGUAGUGGUCUUAAAUAUAAAAAAGUCCUAUAUUUUCCAAAUUGAUAUAUU